GCUGCCUGGAGCCUGAAAACACGAGCUUUGACAGAAAUGGUGUAUGUGGAUGAAAUUGAUAUGGAUCAAGAAGGAAUUGCAGAGAUGAUGCUAGAUGAAAACGCCAUUGCUCAAGUCGCACGACCAGGAACAUCUUUGAAAAUCCCUGGAACUAGCCAAGGUGGAGGCCCCAGCCCAGCUGUUAGGCCAGUGACUCAAUCAGGAAGACCUAUUACAGGUUUUGUGAGACCCAGCACACAAAGUGGACGGCCAGGUACUAUGGAACAGGCUAUAAGAACACCUCGAACAGCUCUCACAGCUCGUCCAAUUACUAGUGCUUCUGGGAGAUGUGUCAGGCUAGGAACGGCUUCAAUGCUAACAAAUCCAGAUGGCCCUUUCAUAAAUCUGUCUCGACUGAAUUUAGCAAAAUAUGCUCAAAAACCCAAACUGGCAAAGGCGUUGUUCGAAUAUAUUUUUCACCAUGAGAAUGACGUAAAAAAUGCUCUAGAUUUGGCAGCCCUUGCCACUGAGCACGCACAAUUCAAGGACUGGUGGUGGAAAGUCCAAAUCGGGAAGUGCUACUAUAGGUUAGGAUUAUAUCGUGAAGCCGAAAAACAGUUUAAGUCAGCUCUCAAGCAACAGGACAUGGUUGAUACAAUCUUGUAUUUGGCAAAAGUGUAUUUGCGCUUGGAUCAGCCUGUAACAGCUUUGAACCUUUUCAAGCAAGGGUUAGAUCGAUUUCCUGGAGAAGUGACUCUUAUUUGUGGAAUUGCCAGAAUCUACGAGGAAAUGAACAGUAUCUCCUCAGCUGCAGAGUACUAUAAAGACGUCUUAAAACAAGACAAUACUCACGUGGAAGCCAUUGCUUGCAUUGGCAGUAACCAUUUUUAUUCAGACCAGCCCGAGAUAGCUCUGCGGUUUUAUAG